AUGCCACCAUAUGAAAAACUCAAUGGAAAGAAACCAAAACUGAAGCAUAUUGUGAGAUUGGGGGUGAAGUGCUGGGUGCACAUCCCCAAGGGAAAACGGAAGGGGAAACUGGCUCCCAGAGCACAAAAGGGACAUGUACUGGGAUUCCAAAAUGCCUAUUACCAUAUUUGGAUACAGAAUCAAAGAAGGGUGGUGCUUAGCAGAAGCAUCAAAGUCCAAGAACAGGAUUGGGAUAACAUUGAGUAUGUCGAACUAGGCAACUCACAUAGGCAGGACGAACCCACUGAACGAGAGAUAAAGCAAGGGAUAAAACAGGAGGAAGAGGAACAACCUCUUGCUAGCGUGAAUGAGAGAGGCAAAGAGGAAACAGAGCCUCCGAUGACAUUGAGACGCUCAGAAAGAGCGAAUCAAGGAAAGCCACCUGAGAGGUUUCAAAUUGUGCACGGAGCCUUCCAGUCCCGGCGAGGAUCGCCCUGUGUGGCCAUUCUAUCUUAUUUCAUGCCCACCGGAGGGCCUCUUCGACUGUUGCCGGGACACAGCUGCAGCUUUCUGCCAGAGCUGCACUCAAGAGAUACUUCUGGAGACUGCACAAACAUCAGAAUCAAGAGCAUUUAUUCCACUCUGCCUGGGAAAAAAUGUUGGCACACAGAAUAUCUCCUGUCCUGUGUCAAAGAAAAUCUGAGUCAAGAUUCAGAGCAGAUAAAAGCUGGCUCUGGAGGCAAGAGAAAGGCUCUCAAGACAGGUGCAGGAAGCAGAGCCAGAAUGAUCUCCCUGCUGCUUCUGUUGCUACUUCUGCUGCUGAUGCCCUAUGGAGUCUGUGGGAACCUGAAGGCAAAAUGCCCCUUGAAUCUGAUCAGGGAAGAAAAUGGAGCACAAAAUUACUACCGGCCUGGAGACUUCCUCAUCAGCGGGAUCAUCUCUCCAAAAUAUUUUGCUCGGCAACUUCCAUACAUCUUUUCCGAAACCCCUUUAAUCAGGCUUGAGCGUUCAUCACCUAGGUUCUACUGGCACAUCUUGUCCUUCUUGAUCACAAUCCAGGAGAUCAACCAGGAUCCCAGGCUCUUACCCAACAUCACCCUGGGAUACAACCUCUAUGAGAACUAUUUUGAUGCCAGGAUAACUUCUGAUGCCAUGCUAGAUCUGCUUGCAGGUGGGGGAAUCAAUAUUCCAAGCUAUGCCUGUGGAAAACGGAAUCAUUUGCUGGCUGUUCUUGAAGGAGCCAAUUCCGUAAUCUCAAAAGAGAUUUCAACCAUGUCAGGCAUCUACAAAAUCCCACAGAUCAGCUAUGGCUUUACUGCUCAGACUAUUGAUGACAAAACCCAGUUCCCUUUUGUCUACCGGCUGGUCCCCAGAGAAGAAACACAAUACCCAGGGAUUGUCAAGUUGCUCCUGCAUUUUGGUUGGACGUGGAUCGGUCUCGUUGCUCCAGACAAUGAGAAUGGAGAAAGGUUCUUGAGUGCCAUGAGACCUCUGAUGAUCAGCAGUGGAAUUUGUGUUGCUGUAUCAAAACAGCUAUCAGAAAAUAAUCUGUAUGAAAUGAUCAGUGAGAGUGAGCCAUUUGUCAUAUGGGCAGAAAUUAGUGUAUUUGUUUACUAUGAAAACACUCAUAGGGCAUGGAUUCCAAUCAUAACACUACAAAAAAACCUUGAGGGAAAAAUUGGGCCCAAAGUCUGGAUCACAAUAGGGUUUCAGGACAUCAACCUGAACUUAUCUUUUGGGCCUGCUGUCUUCCAGUACUUCCAUGGCUCUUUGUCUUUUGUAAUGAAGAGCACAAUAAGGACCAAACACGAGUACUAUAAACCAAAUGUGUAUCUUUCUUCUCUGUUUUUCACGAAAGCAUUUAGUUGUUUAUAUUCAAAGCAUGAGCUGUCUGUGAGAGGUUGGACACGAUGCACAGAGGAGGAGAAGCUGGAGACUUUGCCCCAAGAGGAGCUUGAGAGAGCUCUGUCUCAAGACAGCUACAGCACUUACUUCAGUGUCCAAGCCGUGGCUCAGGCCUUAAGUGCUGCCUAUUCAACCAGAUCAAAGCAGAUGUUGAUGGUGGGUGGAGGAGGCAGGUUGGAACAUCAAAGGCUACAGCCAUGGCAGCUUCACCAUUUCUUAAGAGAAAUCCAGUUUUCAAACACUUCCAUAGGCGGACUGUAUUUGGAUGAGAAUGGGGAGCUGCCGGCCACCUUCAAUAUUGAGAACUGGGUGAUGUUUCCCAAUGAGUCUUGUGUUAGAGUGAAAAUUGGGAGCGUAGAGAGAGUAGCAUCCACUGACAUAAAGUUCACCAUUGACCCAGAAGCCAUUGUGUGGCCAAAGUGGUUUAAGAAGACCGUGCCUCGCUCCAGGUGUACUGAAAGCUGUCGCCCUGGAUACAAGAAGGUGGUUCAAGAGGGAGAGCCGGUUUGCUGCUAUGCUUGCGCUCCUUGUGCGGAAGGGACAAUCUCCACUCAGGAAGAUGCAGAGCAUUGCACCAAAUGUCCAGAAGAUCAAUAUCCAAACAUCGACCGAGAUCAGUGUAUCCCCAAGAUUAUCACCUUUCUGGCUUAUGAAGAACAUUUGGGGAUCAUCUUAGCUUCCAUUUCCCUGUUCUUGGCUUUAACCACAGGCAUUGUGUUAGGAAUCUUCAUUAAAUUUCUAGAAACCCCCAUAGUCAAAGCCAACAACCGGGACCUCUCUUUCAUCCUCCUCGUCUCCCUCCUGCUUUCCUUUUGGUCGUCCUUCCUGUUCAUUGGCCAGCCAAGGAAAGUGACCUGUCUUCUGCGACAAACAGCCUUCAGCAUCAUCUUCUCAGUUGCCGUCACUUCUGUGUUGGCAAAAACCAUCACUGUGGUGCUAGCCUUCCUGGCCACAAAGCCAGGGAACAGGGUGCAGAAAUGGCUGGGCAAGAGUCUGGCUAACUCCAUCGUCAUUUCCUGUUCUAGUGUCCAAGUUGUCAUCUGCAUCAUCUGGCUGGGGAUCUCUCCCCCAUUUCCAGACUCUGACAUGCACUCCCAGUCUGGAGAGAUCAUCAUGCAAUGCAGCGAGGGGUCUACUGCCAUGUUUUAUGGUUCCCUUGGCUACAUGGGCUUCCUGGCUGCCAUCUGCUUCACGGUGGCUUUCCUGGCCAGGAAACUGCCUGGGGCCUUCAAUGAAGCCAAGCUGAUCACCUUCAGCAUGCUGGUCUUCUGCAGUGUUUGGGUGUCCUUUGUGCCCACCUACCUGAGCACGAAGGGGAAAUACAUGGUAGCCGUGCAGGUCUUCUCUAUUUUGGCCUCCAGUGCUGGUCUUCUGGCCUGCAUCUUCAUUCCCAAGUGCUACAUUAUUGUGCUGAGGCCUGAUCUGAAUACAAAGGAG